UGGGUUCGCGAGGAAAAAAAUUUAGAUAGUCACAAACGAAAUCACAAACCCUUUUGAGGUUCCAACUCAUUUCUUCUUUCCAAUUGAAACCAUCGCCGCUCGCUCAUUCAAUUGGAACCCUAAUAGAAACCAUCGCCGCUCACUAAAUCUACCACCUCCAUCGAAGCCGAAACCAUCGCCGCUCACUAAAUCUACCACCUCCAUCGAAGCCGAAUAUCUCUCUUGCAUUGUUGAAUUCGUCUUCCCCAAAUAUCUCUCUUGCACCAUCAAAUCUCUGGAUCUCAAUCCCUCUCGUUUUACUAUCUUUCCACCAACCGAUAAAAUUGACAUAAUUCCUCUUGUCUAAGAGGAAGGAAGCAUCAGGCAGGAUUACUAACAUCAUUUUUUUCAGUCUGAAACUGUCCAUCCCGAUUGCCAAUGGGGAAAAAUGACUUUCUCACACCUAAGGCAAUUGCCAAUCGAAUUAAAGCAAAAGGACUGCAGAAGCUUCGGUGGUAUUGCCAGAUGUGUCAGAAGCAAUGUCGUGAUGAGAAUGGUUUCAAAUGCCACUGCAUGAGUGAAGGGCACCAGCGUCAAAUGCAAAUUUUUGGACAAAAUCCAACCCGCAUAGUUGAGGGCUAUACCGAAGAGUUUGAAACAACUUUUCUUGAGCACAUGAAGCGCAGCCAUCGAUUCAGCCGUGUGGCUGCCACUGUUGUUUAUAAUGAAUACAUAAAUGAUAGAAACCACGUUCAUAUGAACUCCACAGAGUGGGCUACACUUACCGAGUUUGUUAAGUACUUGGGCCGAACUGGAAAGUGUAAGGUUGAGGAAACACCCAAGGGAUGGUUCAUUACAUACAUAGAUAGAGAUUCAGAAACUCUUUUCAAAGAGAAGAUGAAGAAUAAGAGAAUAAAGGCAGAUUUGGUAGAUGAAGAAAAACAAGAGAAAGAGAUCCAAAAACAGAUUGAAAGGGCCGAGCAAUUGAUGCAGCUAUCUAAUCCGGAGUCCGACCAACCUCAUGUAGAGACUACGAGGGAACUAAAUGCAGAAGACGGAAUUAAGAUAGGAUUUUCUCUUGGGUCGUCUGCGAAACCUAUCACCAAGGAAAAAGGUAACACAUCGAUGGGGGCAUUUGAUGAGGUUGAUGCAGAGAAAUACGAGGAAAGGAAUCCUGUAAACAAUUUGAAGAGGAAAGAAAGUGGUAGUGGAAAAUCAACUUUAGAUGAAAUGAUCAGGGAGGAAGAGAGGAAAAAGGAAAAAAUCAACAGGAGGGAUUAUUGGUUACACGAGGGAAUUGUUGUUAAGGUUAUGAGCAAAGUCUUGGCUGAGAAGGGAUACUACAAACAAAAAGGUGUUGUGAGAAAAGUGAUUGACAAGUAUGUAGGGGAAAUAGAAAUGCUAGAAAGCAAGCAUGUGCUCAGAGUUGAUCAGGAAGAGCUUGAAACGGUGAUACCUCAGGUCGGGGGACGUGUAAAAAUAGUAAACGGGGCUUAUCGUGGAUCACUUGCUAGACUGCUCGGAGUGGAUACAGAUCGUUUUUGCGCCAAGGUGCAGAUAGAAAAAGGUGCUUAUGAUGGUAGAGUGCUUAAAGCCGUGGAGUACGAGGAUAUUUGUAAAUUAGCCUAGUGCAAUUGACGGAAUGAUAAUUUUCGUGAUUCUGUAAGUUGCAGGAAGAGUUGGAAAGCUUGUUAUGCAUUACGCAGAAGUUCUAAAUUCCAGUGUGACAUUGGAAUUUAAGAACAUAUAUCAUUCAUUUAUAUUUUCAUGUGUGACAUUGGUUUAAGAACAUCCUUGGCAUUUAUCCUUGUAGUUGAAAAAUUCAAAUUUUUUGCUCAAUAUGGUCAAUUACCAAUAUUUUACAAAAGACCUCUGAUCAUUGUGGCCUAUUGAUCAAAUGUUAUUGCCUUUUUUUGAUUAUAUUUUAUCUGUAAAGGUUCUGUUGUAUAUUUUUCAAACUGGCUUUAUUUGGAAAUGUUUCUAUAUGUUGAGUUCCAUUUCAAAUGGUUUGAAAUGAUUAUAUUUGUAAUCUUAUAUAUGUGUUGUUGCUGAGAGAGAGGGAGUUGUAAGGCCAUUGAUAGAUAUUACACAUAAUUGGUGGUUGAUUUUGAUAGAAGACUUAAUUAGGUGAUUUACAAGGUAGGGGGAUUAUGGACUCGUUUGUUCCAGUUUAAAAAAUUGAAUUUCUGAUGUAACUUUAUUAAAGCUAAUAUUAUUCUUGAUAUAAUUAAAGUUAGUAUUUUUGUUGAGAAAAACACUGAAACAACAAUUUUGAGAUUUUCAUUUUAUUUUCAUAACAUUCACUUGAUUAUGAUAAAUAACACUAUAAUUUGUUUUUUUUGAUAUGAAAAUCUGAGCUACUUUGAAGUUGACGUGGGGGUAAACUUUAUAAUUUGGUCAAAGUGUUAGUUGUGUUGGGUUGAUGCUGCAUUGCUGCUAGUUGUGUGUGUCAGUGCAUGUUAUGAGAUUAUUUCAAAUAUAAUAAUUUUUUUUGAGAAUCUUGCAUGACUAUGAUCUAUAAUAUGUGGACCAUAAUUUGUUUGUUUUUAUUUUCCAAGUUUUGAGAUCAGGACAUUGGAUUUGGGAUAUUCCCUUAAACAUAUAUUGUAUUUUCCUUCGAGGAUUUGUAAUAAGAGACUCAUUAUUCACAUGGUUUACAUAUGCCAUGUUUCUACUACAUCUAGCAAAAGUUAUAUUUUUGUUAGUUUGUCAUCAGUACAAAUCUUGGUGAACAUAUUGACAACUAUUUUGUUAUCUGAUACU